CUCCUGGAACCAGCUUGCUGAACAUGAUUCGGCGAUUCUCGAAUUCUCUCAAAGGGGUCACCCUGACCGUGAGGAUCAUCGUGGGAGAAAGCUUCUCGCCAGAUCUUCCUCUCUCUGACCUCCUGCAAUCAGCUUCUGAAUUGACCCAUUUCGCGUUAUUUGUGGUUAGAGAGUACAACGACCAUGUUGACGACGACGCCGACAGCCACACGGUCCAGACCUCCGAUCGCUCGUGUUUCGAUGGCACGAUCCCGAGCCUUCUUUCCCGUCUCAAAGACCAUCCACGCAAUUUUCUUCCAAAGCUUGUCCUUCUCUCUCUUGAACUUCCCGAUAUCACACUGAACACACAACUUGUGGAACACGUGUUGGGAGCAGUGUGGGCGAGACAACUUACUCCACAUCCUCUAACGAAUUUCCGCCUUGUACGCCUUGACAGCGAAACAGAAUCCGGCGACAAGUUGGUUAUCGAUCCUGAACAGCUCACGGAAAUCAAACUGCUGAAAGAAAGCCGAAUCAACGUUAUGAUCGAAGACCGCCUCAAGAUGUAAUGAUGGUACUUUAGCUAAUCAGGGAACACGAUGAACUGGAUCUCGUUGUGCGACGACCUGGUGCUGAGCU